AUGGGUAACACCAGUAGCGUCCCCGGCCGCGAAUGCUUCAUGGCUGCGGUUGGAAAUGACCCUAACUUGGCCACAUUUCAAGGAGAUCUGUUUUACGAAUUCCGGGCAUCGCCAUCCUACAAUUUGGCUAUCCCGGUGUCUCCUAAGGUGAUCACAUUCCCCAAAACUACGGACCAGGUCGCCGAGAUUGUGCGCUGUGCCGUGAAGAAUGAAUAUCGGGUGCAGGCAUACAGUGGAGGUCACAGCUAUGGGAACUAUGGUCUGGGAGGAGCGGAUGGCCACGUCGUCGUCGACUUGAAACACAUCCAGAAUUUCUCCAUGGACACGGACACACACAUCGCCACGAUUGGGGCCGGUACACACCUGGGCGAUCUUCAAGACCGUCUUAUGCAUGCAGGUGGCAGAGCGAUAGCGCAUGGGGCCUGUCCGCAGGUUGGCGUUGGUGGUCAUUUUACCAUUGGUGGUCAGGGUGUCAUGUCGCGACAAUGGGGGCUUGCGCUGGACCAUGUGGUGGAGGCUGAAGUGGUCCUGGCGAAUUCCAGCGUGGUGACAGCUUCUGACACCCAUAAUCAAGAUUUGUUUUGGGCUGUCAAGGGUGCGGGUGCCAGCUUCGGCAUUGUCACUCAGUUCAAAAUUCGCACUCAUGAGAUUCCGAAGGCUGCUGUCCAAUACACCUUCACGUUCGGCCAAGGAGAUGUACUUGACAGGGUGAAAUUAUUCCAAGCUUGGCAGUCCCUCCUUGCAAAGCCGAAUCUCACGCGCAAGUAUUCUUCCGAGCUUAUAGCCUUUCAGGGUGGUAUCUCGAUCAUGGGAAGUUACAUGGGUACCAAAGAGGAAUUUCAGCAAUUUCAGCAGGAAAACGAUCUCCCAGUUCAGAACCCGGCAAAAGUGGUAUAUGUCACCGACUGGCUCGCCAUGGUGGCUCAUACUGCUGAAAGUUAUCUGGUUUCGCUCGGUGGCGGCAUUCUCACUUCGUUCUACUCGAAGUCGCUAUCUUUCACAGCUGACCAGCUGUUAACUCAACGUGACCUAGUCGCCCUGUUCACCUACCUUGACAGCGCACCCAAGGGUACGGAGACCUGGUGGAUCAUCUUCGACAUAGAGGGCGGUGCAAUCAACGACGUUCCCAUGAAUGCGACAGCUUAUGUUCACCGUGAUGCUCUCAUAUGGAUGCAAUCCUAUGUAAUUUUCGGGCUUCAGCCCCCUGGUUCCAUAUCCAGGAGAUUCCUCAAUGGCUUACAUGAUGUUAUACAUGCAAAGCGUCCGGCGAGUCCUGGGCGUGCCUAUCCGGGAUAUGUUGAUCCUUAUCUGAAGAACGGCCAGUUGGCUUACUGGGGAUCCAAUCUUGAACGACUUCAACACAUCAAGACUCGUGUCGAUCCGUGGGAUAUUUUCCAUAAUCCGCAAAGUGUGCCUGUGAAUCCCGCUCUCGAUUAG